GGGCGCCACCUUAAAAUUAAAACUUUAUCAUCUACCAAGAUGGCAGCUGUGGUGGAUGCAGUUCCCGAUGCGAAGGAAUGCGAAGUAAUGAAUGAUUGUGGCGAUACAAAAGACGAGGUCGAAGAAGUUGACACCACCGAUCAACAAGGAACCGAGGGCAAAAAGAAAAGAAGGAGGAAGAAAAAGAAAAAUACAGGUGGGGUGAAUGAAACUGGCGAGGUUAAUGGAGAGGUAGAGAAAGUAACAGAAGAUCUGAGAAAUCAGAAGCUUGAUGAAAAGCAGCCUAAUGGAGAAGCAAACACCCCAGAAGGAGAUGAGAAAGAGGAGGAUGGAGCAGCUGGGGAAGGUGGAGGAGAAGGAGGGAAGAAGAAAAGAAAGAGGAAGAAGAAGAAGGGAGGCGCUGGUGAAGGGGGUGAGAAUCAAGGUGCUGUAAAGGAGGUUACUUCUCAAGCAAAGAGCAAUAAGCAGACAGACCCACCCACUGUGCCGAUUUCAGAGCUGUUCUCGGGAGGACCUUACCCAGUUGGACAAGAGGUGGUGCAUCCAGAUGUUGACGGGAAAUCAGCACAAUGGAGGGUCACUAACGAGGAGAAGAAGGCGCUAGAUAGAUUACAGAAUGAUGUGUACAAUGAUCUGAGGCAGGCAGCUGAGGCACACAGACAAGUCAGGAAACAUGUACAGGGUUUCAUCAAGCCAGGCAUGACAAUGAUAGACAUAUGCGAGAGACUAGAAACCGCUUCCAGGAAACUGAUCGAUGAGAAUGGCUUGAAGGCUGGUCUAGCUUUCCCUACAGGGUGCUCCAGGAAUCAUUGUGCUGCCCACUACACUCCCAACGCUGGUGAUACUACAGUCCUAGAAUAUGACGAUGUCUGCAAGAUUGACUUUGGCACUCACAUAAAUGGUCGCAUUAUUGACUGUGCCUUCACCGUCACGUUCAACCCCAAGUACGAUCAACUGCUGGCAGCUGUCAAGGAUGCUACAAAUACAGGAAUUAAGGAAGCUGGAAUCGAUGUGAGAUUAUGCGAUGUGGGUGAGAGGAUACAGGAGGUGAUGGAGUCAUAUGAAGUAGAGUUAGAUGGGAAGACGUACCAGGUCAAACCUAUCCGCAAUCUCAACGGACAUUCCAUCGGACCAUACAGGAUACACGCUGGCAAGACCGUGCCUAUAGUCAAGGGAGGAGAGGCUACUAGAAUGGAGGAAAAUGAAUUCUAUGCAAUAGAAACUUUUGGAAGUACUGGCAAAGGGUUCGUGAGGGAUGACAUGGAGUGCUCUCACUAUAUGAAGAACUUUGAAGUUGGACAUGUCCCUCUUAGGAUGCAGAGAUCUAAGGCUCUCCUGAAAGUUAUCAACAAUAACUUUGGGACAUUGGCUUUCUGCCGUCGAUGGCUAGACAGACUGGGAGAGACCAAGUAUCUGAUGGCUCUCAAGAAUCUGUGCGACACAGGCCUGGUGGACCCGUACCCUCCCCUGUGUGAUGUGAAGGGAUGCUACACAGCCCAGUAUGAACACACCAUCAUGCUUCGACCGACAUACAAGGAGGUAGUCAGCCGUGGUGACGACUACUAGUUCUUAUUCACAUAUGAAAUGGUAAACUGCCUUUAAAAAAAAGAGAAGAAUUAAAGACAAAAAAGGCCAUGAAAAAGUAAAAUUAUAUAAACAUAGUGGACAUAUUUCUGUAUCUUAUAACACAAAGGUCCAGGAUUAUGCUCAGAAGCCUUUGUUUUGUGCAACUAUUCUUUCUAUUUACCUUUGUAUAUACAAUAUUUACUUUCCAGUGGCACUUUUUUAAAGGUGGUUUACCAGGUUAUUUCUGAAUGAGAUGAUAGGAAUCAAGACGUUCUCUUCGACUCAAACGGUGAGUUGAUGAGAGACUGGAUGUCCCCUUUGCCAUUGUGCAUACUGGCCGGGCAACAAUCGUUUGUGUAAUGUAAUAGACCAUGUGUAAAUUGCCAUCCGAGAAAUAUGUUGGUGAGCAGUGAACAAACAAAUGAAAAGACACCAAGAACAAAUAUGAAAAAAUGCAGGAAUGGCAAGAUGACAUUUUUUUGUGGGUGUGUUAUAUAUUCCUGAGACCCCAAGAAAGCACACAUUUAAUGUUUUUCCCCACUAAUUCCAAAUAAACGAGUGAAAGAAAACACUCUGAUAUUUUGAGAUUUUCCCCCUUAAUUCCCUGUAGGAUAUUGUGUUUGCUACAGCACUUCAUUAUGCUUAAUGUAAUACCAUAUUUAUAUGACAUAAAGCAGGGAACACUCUUUACAAGAUACAUCGAUAAAUAAAAAGAUUUUUAUCCAGAAAACAAUGCUGUUUGUAGAAAUUGAUCCUUGCGCCAUCUAAGAGCAGCAUCUCUAGUAUGUUAGUUCCCAAUUUCUAUUAGACUAAGGACUAAAAGAUUAUCAUGUCACACUUAUUUGGGUAAUCUAUGUGCUGCAAGCUCUCAAAUACAUGUUAUGGUACUGCAGAAGCAGCUAAAUGCUUAUUUUACCAAUGGUUGUGGUCAGUACAUUAGCUAAUUGUUUCUGAUCUAAAAUUUAAAAACAAAAAAACAUGUUUCGAUCAUAAUCUCAAAGCCUAAAUUGUUGGGAGAUGUGGAUUUAUUUGUAGCAUCCGGCGGUGGUAUUCUGUCAUUACCGUAUCAAAUUGAAAUUUCUGAGAAUAAUAGACUAUCAUUAUUGGUGCAUGUGAAUGUGUCUCUCUGCAGGUAUGCAUAGUAUAUACACCCAGCUAUAUGCAAGCAUUUGUAAUGCUCAACUCAAAAUCUUUGGUCUCAUAUGAAACAUUAUUUGGUUGUUAGCUAUUGGGUUCGUUCAUGUAGUGGAGAAAAUUUCAAAGUUAUAGUAAUUUUUAGUUAUUCAUAUGUGUAUUCCUAUCGGUGAAAUGCUAUUUUUCAGACUAUUUGCAUGAUUUCAGCCUCGAGAACCUUUUUAUUUCGGGAUUAUUCAGGGUUUUCCAGGCUUUUUACUCUUCGUCACAUGUAGGGCUCCAUCAGGCCUCUUAUCAGGCUCAUUGGGUAAAGCCACCUGAACUGUGAAGGCUAAAAUCAUAUAUCACUCAGUUCACAGGGUAAUGAAUGAUACUUCUCUGGUUUGUUUGCUGAAGUAGGCGCACAAAAAGUCUUCCAUGGGGGCCCAAAUUCACUUUCAGUAGGAUACCUAGGGCCAGAAGGAUCUUUUGAUUUGUUAUGAGCCAAAUGGGCGUUAAUUCCUAUACAGAAUUAAUGUCCUAGAUUAGUUUUUAAGAGAAAUUUACUUCUACUUGUGGUAUCCCUCGCCUUGAGGAAAGUAAUCUUUAUUGACUGCCAUCAUGUCUUUUCUUGCUUUAUCAUUUUGUGUUCUUGAUGCAUAUCAAUUGUAAAGGGCUCUUUCAUUGAAUUUUAUAUCCCAAUUUAGCUACAUAUAAGCAGUGUCUAGUAUAUUGUACUUUCAUGUCAAUGUGAUCACUAACACUUUCAAGAAAUCAAGUCUAAGGCAAUUUCAGCAUCGUGUUGUAUAUCAUGUAGAAAUCAUGUUUGCAUACAUGUACAUGUAGGUCAUUGUAACGUUCCUUCAUUUCAAUAAGUAAUGAAAAAAUGAAUUUACGUCGCCUUAAGUUGAUUUUUCGAUUGUUCGAUCGUGAUUCAUCUGUUUUGUUGUUGUUGUUUUUACCCUGGAAUAGAUAUUAGUUUCACUCUUGAUAGAAUUGCAAAAUAUUUUGUAGGAUCUAAGCUUCUUUUUAAGAUCAUACAGAAUUUAUUUGUUGAAGUAACACAUUAUGGAAGCCAAAGAGAGAUGUUCUGAAAUUCAUUCUUUAAGCAUUUUUUUCUUCAGUGAUAAUUCUGUUGCGAAGUUGUGACAGUAUUUCUUUUAAUUGGUGACUGUGUCAUAUUUAUUAUUGCUAGAUGUUUUAUCACAUUUGAGAAUUGAGAUGAGUGCUUACUCUGUGCUGCUGAAUAGAAUUUGAUAACAUCACAAGAAGUGAUGAAAUUAGAUCAGAUUUGCGGAGGAUAAGCAUUGAAAUGAGAGAUACUGUGUUUAAAAAAAGGUCAUUGCCUUCUCUAAUACACUUCCAUUGGAGUUUCUUUUUAAGUACAUAUGUAACACAUCAUGCACAAAGAACUUAAAAACAUUGAUUUGUCAUAACUCAAUGCUUCUCUGACGUACCUGUAACAUUUUGUAAUCGGUUGUUUACAUUGAUUUUCCUGAAGUUGGUUAUUUAAAAGUAUGUCCUCCUUUUGAAGCAGCUCGGCUGUUUUGGAAUCAAGCCAAAUUAGUUAUGACUACAACUAUGUGUAUUCAAGCAAUGUAUGUAUGCUGCCUUUACCAAUAGAAUUUUUAGUCAUUUCUUCACAUAGAUUGUUGUAAAGUUGGCUAGGCAACAAAGGGUCCUCACUUUGAAGCGUUUUGGCCAUCUGACAAGCAAGAGGAGCCAAAGAAGAUGAGAGUACAUAAUUGAAAAUCGACUUGUCGUGAAAAUCGACUUGUUCCCCCCAAUUUACCAAUGUUUUGAUUUUAAAAUAUUAUUUUGUUGGUCCGAAGGAAUUCAUUAUCACAAAUUUCCAUUGUACUGAGCACGUUCAAGCGAAGGUGUAGUAACUAUGUUUUGAUCAUGAAGAAAUUUCUGAAAUUCUACUGCCUAAAGAUGUUACAGAUAUUCCUUAGAUUGUCAGAGUUAGCUUAGAACUACAUUGUGUACGGUAUUUAUAUUUACUGUAGAAAUAAGUCAAAUAACCAAUUAUGUAUACUCUCUUUCCUUGGUAGCUUAUUCACUAGAAAAGUGAGAAUAAGUGUAUUCCCGGUGCUCAUAACCAUCAAUUAUUUUUCAUAUAAACUUUGCAUAUUAAUUGAUCAAGAUUUAAUUUUUUUCUUCUUCUAAUACAGCCAAAGAGAGUGUGCAGUUAUUAAAGCUAUAUUUUAAGAAUAUAUUGUUCGGUCCUGUCACAAAAUAAAAAUUCCUUAAUCUGUAAUAUAACAGAAGAUCUUUUAUACUCAUAUUUGGUUUUGACAUCUAUAAUGAUCAAAAGGGUUGCGAGCAAAGCUGGUCAUAAUCAUGAAAUUUAAACAUUUUUUUAUUCUUGAGAAAUUAACAGAAAUUGUGUUUUUAUGUUGAUGUACUUCGUAACGAUCUGAUCAUUUUGUGAAUUUUCAUUAAUUUCUUCUUGAAUUUCCAUGAAGGGACAGGAAAUUUUAUUUGUUCAUUCAAUGCAUGAUAACACAUGUAAAUCCUAAGGAACAAAUUUUUCAAUACCAUACCUACUAUUUUUUUCGGUUUAACUUCAUGGAAAUCAAGACUACGAAAAUCAUAACUGAAAGCAUGACUUAUUAUUUGAUAUCUCUUUGUCUGCAUACACAGUAAGUCAUUUCUCUAGACCUUUAUCAUUAAAUAUCCCAGAUAUUGGGAAAUCACUUUAAAAUUGUGUUCCUUCA